AUGUUUGGAGAACAACAAACAGAAACCACAGUGGUAAUUCAGGGAGGGCCGAGCAUUGCUCACUCUGUGUUUUUAUCGUCUGUCUCUGUAGAGUGUGGUAAGCCUAAGCUCAACACCAGGAUUGUUGGAGGACAGGCGGCCCCUGCAGGUAACUGGCCCUGGCAGGCCAGUGUGCAAAAGAAUAACGUCCACACCUGCGGAGGAUCCCUCAUUAACAAGAAAUGGGUGCUGACGUCUGCUAAAUGUGUUGGCACCAGCACAACGGGUUUGACUGUGGUCCUCGGUCACCAGACUCUAGACUCCAACUCCAAUAAGGAGUCUCCAACGGUCUCUAAGAUCAUCCCACAUGGAAAUAAGGACAACGACAUCGCCCUCCUGGAGCUCUCCUCACCAGUUACUCUCAAUGACUACAUUAAGCCAGUGUGCCUGGCAGCCUCAGACAGCACUUUCAGCAACGGUGUGAACACCUGGAUCACCGGCUGGAGCAAGAGCUCUGAAGCCUCAAAAAAACUAAUGGAGCUGAAGGUGCCUGUUGUGGGGAACGAACAGUGUAAAAAGGAACUUACACCCACAGACAUCACAGACAACAUGAUCUGCGCCGGGUUAAAGGGUGAAAAGAAGGGCUUCUGUGAGGGGGACUUUGGGGGUCCGAUGGUGUUAAAGACAGGAAGUCCAGAAAGUCACUGGGUCCAGGCUGGAGUCAUGACCUUUAGAAAAGAUUGUUCAACUUCUAAACUUCCAGGAGUCUCUGCCAGAGUGUCCAAGUAUGAGUCCUGGAUCAAAAGUCACAUUACCGGCAGCCAGCCAGGCUUCAUCAAAUUCACGUCCACUGACCUCUCUAAGGGUAAUUCAUGUCUGUUAACUACAGUCAUGUGUUUUUCUGUCAUGAUGACCAUGCUUUGCGAAGUAUCUAACAGAUUUUUAACCUGAAAUUUGAAAGCUUUGAGAUUACACAUUUUUCCACACUGCGUGACAGUUUCAGAUCUAUUCUGUAUCAGCUUGUUCCGCCUCUUCAUUGAGGAUAAAUGAUCUUUACACUGAGAGAAAUAUUCAAACCAAAGGCUCCAUGCUUUUUAUGGCUGCACUAUUCUAACAGAACAGAAAUAUUCCAGAUGUUUGUGCAUCCUUUUGUACAAAUUUUCCCCAAGUCAGCUUGACAUGUUUGGUAUCCUUUUUUGGAUCUCUGCUAGAAUUAAAAAUAAAGUUCUGUGGAUUUGAAGGAUGUUUAAUGUUUAAAAUGAUGGAUCAUCUUCUGCAGUCUUUCUUAAAUAAUCUAUCAUUGUCUGCCUUUUGCCUUUUAGCAUUAAAUUCCCUCUUUGUGUUUCCUCGGACUGUGUUUCCCUGUU